AUGACCUGUACUGUAGUCAGCCACCAGGUGAUGAUCGAGACCCUUAGGCUUUACUUUGGGGAGCAGACAUGUCAUCUGUCAUUGCAUAGCGGACACUAUAGUAACGGACCGAGGACAGAUUGGAUCCUCCAUGGACUCACUGUUUCAUUGUGCUAUAAUGAGACGGGGCUAGCUGGUUAGCAUGCUAACAUCAACAGAGUCAACAUGGUCGUUGUUCCCCUCCAGGGACUCUGUCUGAGCAGAGGGACGAGGUUCGAUGCUGGGACAGGCAGACACAGGCUGACUUGAUUCAGACCAAUGAAUUGAUUAAAAGUCUGGAGUCGCAAGAUGUCUUUGUGAAUGAGGUGGAGCUGAAGCACAGAGAGAAAGUUGUGAAAAAACUGCAAUCCCUCUUUGAGGAGUGGCUCCAAGACAUGUGCAGAGAAAUGAAUGUACCUGAAACUGUCACUGACAAAGUCGGAGGCAGGGUCUUGCCGUUCGGCUCCUAUCGCCUGGGAGCUUUCUCCAAAGAUGCUGAUAUUGAUGUUCUAUGUGUUGGGCCUGUAUUUUUGGAGGCAAUAGUCUUCUUCACCUCCUUUUUGGAGAAGCUCAAAGCCCAGGAGGAGGUCAAAGACAUACGGGCUAUCGAAGAAGCGGUUGUGCCAGUCAUCAAGAUGACAUUUGAUGGAAUUGAGGUGGAUUUAAUCUAUGCCCGGUUGCCACAAAGGUCUGUCAGUGACAAAGUCAACCUCCURGAUGACAYAUGGUUUAAGYAAAUGGAUAAAAUCUCCUCCAGGAGUCUCAAUGGUUACAGAGUCACUGAGGAAAUCCUCCGUCUUGUGCCUGACAUCUCAAACUUCAGGCUCACUCUGANAAAACAGAGUGGGUUAGUAGUGUGGUCGUACAAUUUGGUCCAUGUGGUCUACUGGAAGAAGUGA